UGUUCUUUGGUUGUGAGAUGUGUGUUGUCACUGUAGGAGACAAGAGGUGGACAGAACAGAGCUGGGGGGCGCUCUGUUCUGCUCAGAGCAGGACACAGGAGACGGUCGCUCUCUAAGGUGCUGAAAGUCGAGAGCGCUCCCUCCUUGCCUUACUGGCGAUUAAUGCAAACCUCAGCUGCAGAAUCCUCUAUUGACUGCCUUCAUUCAGAAGUGCUUUCAUUCUUUACAUAAAUUUUCGUCUUCGUCAUCGUGGAUUUUUGUUUUACAAUGCAACCGCUGGAUAUACGCUCGCAAUUGUGCAACAAGACCGACAGCCGCAUCGUUUGGAUAUACUGACUUGACUCUGGAUUCUCAAGGGACGUUAAACAGAUGCAGUUUUCUUUUUUCGUUUUUGUUUUUUUUAGCUCUGUUUGUCUUUGCCGCAGGCUAUUGGACCUAAACUGCGAUAUUGUCUCAGAAAGGUGAGUCGGACAAGGAUAAUGAUGAAACAGAUCUACUAUUUCGUGGAUGCCACUGUUUUUUGCAUUGGAAAGAGCGAAGAAAAAAUCACUAAUCACUAAAAGCUCUUAAACCCAUAACCUAUGAGAAAAGGAGGAGCAUAAUAGUGUUUCGGGGAGCCUUGUGAAUCUACUGCGUGGAUAAGAGUGAAGUUUCCAAUAGGCAAGGUGACUAUCUGAGAUCUUUUCCAGUUAUAUGUGCUGUUGUUUUUCCUGGCUUCACACUAAGAGGAUAUAAAGCAUUUUAUUUUACCACGAACAUCUCUCUCGGAUACAAGAUGACGGCAGUGAUAACGAUGAUAGCGAUAAUAAAGAACUGGACGGAUCCGGAGAGAAUACCCGGAGCUUAGAGAUGACAUUCACGCAGUUGUGUUGAAUGUGGAUGUUAACGCCGCGGGGAAGGAUGGGCCCUCUCCACUCGGCCGCCUCCGUCUUUCUCCUCCUCUUUCUCCUGGUGGCCCUGAGUGUCGCGUCUUCGACCACGGUUGGCAACCCCCAGGAUUACGUCGCCGACGAGGCAGAGCGGACCGCUGCGGAUAACAUUGUGUUUGACGACUACCGGGGAAAGGGUUGCGUGGAUGACAGCGGGUUCGUGUACAAGCUGGGGGAGCGCUUCUAUCCGGGACACUCAAACUGCCCCUGUGUGUGCACGGAGGACGGGCCCGUGUGCGACCAGCCCGAGUGCCCGAAAUUGCACCCCAAGUGCACAAAAGUGGAGCACAAUGGAUGCUGCCCCGAGUGCAAGGAGGUUAAAAACUUUUGUGAGUACCGAGGGAAAACGUAUAAAAUACUGGAAGAAUUCAAGCCGUCACCCUGUGAAUGGUGCCGCUGUGAACCAAAUAACGAGGUACACUGUGUGGUGUCCGACUGCGCCGUCCCAGAGUGUGUCAACCCUGUCUAUGAGCCGGAGCAGUGCUGCCCAAUCUGUAAAAAUGGUCCAAAUUGCUUUGCCGGAACGACGAUCAUCCCAGCCGGAAUUGAAGUAAAGGUGGACGACUGCACCAUCUGCCGCUGCCACAACGGAGACUGGUGGAAGCCGGCGCAGUGCUUGCGGCGAGAGUGCCUCAACGGCCAGUCGUUGUCAUAAAGAGAGACUCCACUGUGGAUGGUGGAUAAACUCAGGCAAGGCUCUGCCUACUGCACCAUUUUAUAUGAUUGACAGGGCAUGAGCACAAUUCCUCAAAAAAAGAAACAAAGAAGUAAAAAGAAAGACAGAGAUGGCGUAGAUUCGAAGAGAUGCUCUAAGAAGCUUCACACAAAUGCAACAUUUUUGCCAUUGAGAGGAUGAUGGAAAUUGUCUCACAGCUGUUUCCGCCCCGUAGUUUUACUCGGCCUAUAUAUUUUCAAACGUUGACUCUGCUGCUUUCUGUCCGAAAGUUUCUAAGCUUCUUGAACUGCUCAUGUCAAGUUUCUGUAUGUAUGUCAUCAGCUUGUUGUUACUACAUGUUCUUCACAACCACGCUGGUGUUGUAAAGUUCCAAGCAGGAAAAAAAAAAAAAAAAAAAUUGAAAGCACACUUUACUGCGCUUUUUUGUGUUUUCCUGGUCAUACUAGGACUACCACCGCAGAUAAGCUUGAGUUCCCCAAAUUCCCUCUAAGAGUUUGUUUACAAAAUGCACAUUAAUGUUUGUCUUCAUAAGACUUUUAAAUCGAUGUGGCUGUUGCUCACCUCUCCCCUACCAUUGUCAUAUUUUACAACCUGCAAUGAAUCCUACCAAACUUUUUUUUUUUCUUUAUCAGUAUGCCAUUGUUUUUGUAUUUUGUCUCUGUUUAAUAGCAGCACAAACUGAGGAGGUUAGUAAUACCAUGUUUUAGCUGAGGAAGAAGCAAGAUGGUAGCCGCUGCAACCCUUUGGACAAGAAGGAACUAUAGGAAAAACAACCCUUCCCGACCAACUGGUUUCAUUGUUUUUUUUCUCCGAGGUCCAUAUGUUCCAACUAACUAACUGCUUGAACUUGUUAUCAAUGCACUUAGUCAGCCAAGAGCAGCCCGCUUUAAUUUUCCGUCAUCAGGAGUAUUCUGUAAUAAAUCAUCCAGCUGGGUGCUUGCGCUGAGUGCUUUUUGGGCACAUUCAGCACGAACCGGCACACAAAAGUGGGGAAUCUGCACAUGACAAAGUGCUUUAAUGGCAGCAUUCACAAGUGUAAUGUCCAUGUAAGGAUACAGCCAUGCUAUUCUUUCAGUGUGUCAGGCACAGUGGGUCGAUCAUAACCACACACAUAAGGCAUGUUAAGAUAUAGAGCUCUAAAAUGUGACACUGAUUAUUUAACUCUCUUGAAUACACCAGCAUGUCUCAGCCAGCGUGGAGCAGCUUUGUGACCAUGACUAUAACAUACAGCAAGGCAAUGCAGUGGUCGUCAAAUGGUCUAGUCUUAGAGAAGAAGCGCCCGACUGGGCACCAUAAACAUGAAAUUUUUCAAAUGAUAAAUACUUCUCAUUAAUCCAAAGGUGAAUUUCUGUAAACUGAUUCAUCACUAGCAUUUUUUUCUCCAUUUCGAGAAGAUCUGUUUGCGUUAACCUUUUAAACCCCAUUCCUGUGCAGUGAUGGAUGAGUUGCUUAAUAGCAGCUUCUAGCCCUCUGUAAUGAAACAGAAAUGAACAGAGGAUUAAAGACCUGUGACUAAAGAGGUGCAUCACCUUUAAAGGCAUUAAAACUAAUUUUAGACGGAUCCCAUAGUCUGGAUAUCUGCUGCAUAGCUGCUGCAUGUCUUAAAUGGGGACACUGGAAAAAAAAAUGGGCAAAGUUCAGUCCUAAAGAGGUAGUUCAGAAAGUUUUAGUUAAAAGGCUGUAAGGAGGUUAUGUCUUACUUUACAGUAGAUAACUCUCUUAGUAUCCUAAUUUGGUAUAAAUCCAGAUGAGUUGGUCCCAGAGGCUGAAGCUACGAAGAGACCCAAGAUUAAAUAAAAUUUCAACCUUCUUAAAACAAAUUAAUUCUCAAAAAUUGAAUUGGGGUUUAUAUAAAUGCUAUAUUAUCAAGCUUUACAUCACCAUCACUCUUGCAUUACAUGGCUAUUUUCACAAAAGCCAAUGAUUAUUUACACAGAAAACAGAGGAAAGAGACUGCACACCACCAACAAUGGUCCUACAUGAAAUGUACUGAAAAACCAAAAUAUAAAGUUUUGAUGGUAAGAAAAGUAAGACAGUACAGCAAUCUAUAUAAAAGCAUUCACGUAAAGUGAUAUAACUGCAAUAAGGGUGAAGUUCUUUUGGGACAGUAAAAGCCUGCUAGUUUUGGCCUUUCUCCUUCUAGCUCUUAACUUCAGCCUCUGGGACUAACUAAUCUGGGUUUGUACUAAAUAAAGUUAACAUGAAUCUACUGUAGGUAAGAUACUAAUUGCUCAUAACCUAGUAAAAGACCGUACUAAAAACAAUCGUGAACUAUCCCUUUAAAUUGACAGUUUGAAGUUUUUUAAGUGAGGUUUUUUUGAAGCCAGAUAACAGACACCCUCCCCAACACCCCAUUCAUUUUAUAAAGAGGACAUGUAAAGCAACAAUAAAGUUUAAUUUUAUUGUUUGCUACUAGGUGGAGACAAGAUUUCAAAACAAGGGAAUGAAAAAAAGUAAAACAAACUGCAAUGGUAUUGUCUUUCAAAAAAGCAUUUAGAAUGAGAAUCAGUGGCACAAAUACAUCCAGUUGGAACACAGAUUGUUCUAUUUAGUAAAACAAAAAACAAAAAAAACUAGAGACUAUCAAAAAUGAAAACCAUAACUAGCCAAAGUCACGCAAAAAUAAAAUUCAAAUAACAAAAAAAUAUAUCAAGGGACCAGGGAAGGUCAAUACAAUGACUUCAUCCACGGCCACCACUCUGAUCCUUGGAAACCACCCAACAGCACCAACAAUCCUGCAUGCAACACAUCAAAUAUAUGUCAUUUGUUGCACCUCUUUAUAUUUUUUCCUUGAGGUAGUUAAGUCAUUUCUAGUUAUCUCAUCCCAUCGUCUCAAAUUGCACCUAAUCUUUGAUUUUGAGGCAUCAGUUCAAUUGAUCUAUGAUGUGUUUUCCAAUUAUCAUUGUUGUUACAUUGUCUCCUUCUUGAGAGAUUCACAGGAAAAUUCACUAGUUUGUUUCUCUAAAUUUCCCAGUUGACCAGAGCUUAAGGCACCGAAUGGGCACAUGUAAAUCUCUGCUUCAACAAAGCGCAACUGCUAAUAUAAAAGCCUUCACUGAUAUCUUCAUACUCAACAGAUACAUGCCAAACAUCACCCGGUGUCUGUCAUGCAUUUCUAACUUUUGGAAACAUAUCAAAAUGUGGGACAUCAUCUCAAUUGGAGAAACUGAGAAAAAGAGGCUAAAAUGUUGAAUCAGUCUACUGGUUCUCCAAAUCCACCAAAGUAGCAUAAACUGAUGAAACAGUCAUUUCUGCACCUGCAUCAAAAAUGGUAUGUUCCUGUGCUUUUGUUCCUGGACUGACAAUCAGCUGAUUCGGUGGAAUGAACCACCAUCAACCAACUUAACUUUAACGUAGUAACCUAGACAUUGUUUGACUAAGAGUACAGCAACAGACUCAACGGUUUCUUGUGAAAGCAUGUAUAGUUAAUAUCUACUAAUAUACCCUAGCAAUGUAUCCCAAGGAAAUUACCUUUUACAUUGUUUGCAAUUACUAAAAUCAGCUAAAACAGUCUUGUCUAACUUCAUGGUAAAAAUAUGAAUACACACAACCUCACUUAAAGAAAAAUCCAUACUAUGCCUUUAAGAGCAACAACAGAAUUUCAUCUUUUAGCUGCUGUGAUUUAGUAUCUUUCUGCGUGCACAGACAGAGCUCAUCUAUCUGGCUAGAGGUCUGCAGGCUCAUAAAGCAAAAUCGACUGAAUGGUUUAUCAGCUGCAGCCUCUGUGCUCCAGACAUUUCAGAAUUAUUAAAGGAGAUUCGUUCAUCAUAAUUACUACAAAUGCCAUCUAAUUAUUCAGCUUAUAGAUGUAUCCAAAACAGGGAGAAAAAAGCUGGAAUUUCAGGUCAAAGCAGAGACAAACUGAACAGAGAGAAAGAGAGUUCCAGCUGCAGGGACCACGGAUUGUAUGGACAGGACUCAAAGGCAAAGCUGCCACCACAGAAGCCUUACUGCUACUGUUCCAGAUAAGAUUCACAAAGUAUGGCCUUUGGCAAACACACCGACUGAACAACUCUGGACUGCUUUAAGUGCUGGCUUGUAUCCCUCCUGUUCGCAGUGAGUUACUUUUGUAUUUUACCCCCACAACUAUUCAUUGUUUCAUCUGCCCAACAUUCUAGAAACAGCCACUGGGUUCAGCACGAGUACAAAGACAAGAGCAGUUCAUUCACAGCCAAAACUCAAGAGGCAGGAUCUAAAAAUACACAGGCAUUUGAUAAAGGUAAAAAUAAAGACAGAAAGACAGAGAAGACGCAAAAGUGGCAGAUAUGAAUCGCACAAUAAAGCCACUUGAUCCUUAUUGCAAUGUGACAUUGUACCUCAUUGUACUGCUUGUUCUCACAAAUGCAUUUCCAACACCUCUAAAGUGCACAGCUUUUAGCAAACUAAAUUGGAUGAACAAUGGCUUCUCAUUUUCUUUAUUUGGGGAGCUGCUCUCAUUGUCUGCGCUGGAAAGUAGAACGACAGAAGUUGAAGUGGUUGUCAACAGAAAGUUAAACAGCGAAGGCUUUAGGUCAAGUGUUGCUGCACAUGUUGGAGCAGAGUUGUUAUUCAGGUUGCUCUCACAGAGGAAAUCUAACAAUAUGUUCAUAGCUAUAUUUAUGCUUCAUUGCAGUAGGUAGAAUGCAGGCAUGCAGCAGGACUGCACUGCUGCAUUUGUUUCUUUGUCCCUCAUUAGAUAAAAUAUUUUCCCUGUGGCUUUCUUGUUGAAAUGACAUGGAUUAAAAUACAGCUUAAGGUAAAGAGGCUACAUUUAAAAAAAAAAGCAGCAUACGCCCACUAUUCACCCAGUCUCUCGCUGUGAAAACUGGAGGAAAUUACUUUUCACCUUGAAAAUACGUGGAAGGACAGAUUGGCUGCUCAGUCUGUCUUUGUUAACUUUCUGCCAAGAAACUUGAGUCCUUUUUUUUUUGUCUGUUUGUAAACGUCUAUUCAAAUGAUCCCAUCUGUACAGUAUUCACUCUUCAGGCUUGUACAUCGACAUUUUGUAAAGAUUCACUCUUUUGCUUUUUCCACGAGACACCAACUUACUGUAGCGGGAAUUUAUCAACGAUUGUGUUUUCCCCUUAUUAUUUUAUUCUGCAACAAAACUGUUAAAUGAAGUGUGCCUGAAAACCAACACAGAUGUAGUCAAGAAAGAUUAAAACACUGUUACUAUACAAUCAAUUGUAUUAUUUUUUUGAGGGGGGGCAAGCACUAAGGGUUUGUUGAAAGUGGACUCAGAUGCAAGAUAGCAACAUUUUAACUCUCGAGCAUCUCUGAUUGUAUUUGAAUACAUGCUCACACAAGUUCAAUUUAAACAGAGUCCAAAUUUCAAAGCAAUCCUUGGUGCUCCACUCGAUGUUAAUAUGUAAAUAUCUUCAAACGUAAAAUGUGUAUUCUGAAAUCUCAGCUGGAGUAAAAUGAAAUGUCACCAGAAAUUACAAAAUAUGUAUUAUUCCUUUAGACAAAAAAUAUUUUGUUAAAUAGACUUAAAAAGAAGUGUUAUUCAAAGAA